ACGGGGACGCCGCGAUGUCUGGGACGAGGCGUGCGGAGCGAGCGGGGACGUUGGACCGAGAGGACUUGGCGGGCACAUGGCACGUGGAGAAAGAGCUCUCGUGGAGACACGAGUGGGCGGGCCGCAGGUGCAGCUGCCGGUCUCGUCACGUGCUCGCCGCGCUGGGCUUCGUGGGGCUGGCGCUGGUGUACGCGCUGCGCGUGAACCUCAGCGUGGCCAUGGUGGCCAUGGUGAACAGCACCGGGGCUGCGCACCGGGACAGCAACAGCAGCGCCUACUGCCCGCUGCCCGUGCCCAGCAACGGCAGCCGCCCCGCACAGCUGCCCUCUGUCGCCGUUUACAACUGGGAUUCGAAAAUCCAGGGGUGGAUCCUCAGCUCCUUCUUCUACGGCUACAUCAUCACCCAGGUGCCCGGGGGUUACCUGGCUGCCAGGUACGGAGGCAAGCUGCUGUUCGGGGUGGGCGUGAUGGUCACCACGCUGCUCACGCUGCUCACGCCGCUGGCCGCCGACCUCGGGGUGCCCUGGAUCAUCGUCGUGCGCGUGCUGGAGGGCAUCGGAGAGGGCGUCACCUACCCCACCAUGCACGCCAUGUGGGCGCUCUGGGCGCCUCCGUAUGAGAGAAGCACCCUCAUCAGCAUCUGUUACUCCGGUGGACACUUCGGCACCGUGGUGACCAUGCCGCUGUCGGGGAUGAUCGCUGAGACGCUCGGGUGGCCUGCAAUCUUCUACAUCUUCUGGGGCAUGGGCCUGCUGUGGUCCUUCUUUUGGUACUACUUCGCCUUCAGCUCCCCGGACAGCCACCCGCGAAUCUCCCUGGCCGAGCGAGAGUACAUCCAGACCACGCUGCGGGCGGAGCGCCAGGCCGUUGAGAAGAGCUUUUCGUCCGUGCCCUGGCUGCGCAUCGCUCUGAGUGCCCCCGUGUGGGCGCUCAGCGUGGCCAUGUUCUGCAGCAGCUGGGCCUUCUACACCAUCUUUACCUCCAUGCCCACCUUCAUGAGCACCGUGCUGCACUUCGAUCUCCAGGAGAACGGCCAGCUGAGCGCGCUGCCCUACCUCGCGGGCUGGCUGUGCACGCUGCUCGGCGGGUGGGCCGCGGACGCCAUCCUGCGGCGGAAGCUGCUCUCCACCACGGCCACUCGAAAGUCCCUGACUUUCCUAGGUCUCGCAGCCCCCGGCGCCUUCCUGGUGGGCGCCGCGUUCGUGGGCUGUGACCACGUCCUCGCUGUGUGCUUCCUCACGUUCGCCGUGGGCACCAGCUCCUUCGCCACGGCUGGCUGCUGGGUCAACCAGCUGGACAUCGCGCCCCAGUCCGCCGCGGUGCUGCUGGGAAUCUCCAACACCAUCAGCAACCUCCCGGGCUUCCUGGCGCCCGUGGCCACCGGCUACCUGACCGAACACAACACGCUGAUGGAGUGGCAGGUGGUGUUCUACCUCUCGGCCGCAAUCAGCUUGUUCGGAGCGCUCUUCUACGUGGCAUUUGGAUCGGGGGAGCAGCAGAGCUGGGCUUGGGAAGCGGAGCCCGAGGUGGGGGCCUCCCCAGGGCUCUCCUUUCUCACCGAGACCAGUCUGACCAUCAAGGGGCUGGACCCUCCAGUCACGUCGUAAUGGGCCCGGGGGCUGCCGGAGAGACCCCCCCCUCCCCCCCGGGUUCCACCGGUCUCCCCGGGAUGGACGGCAGAGUUACUCUCACCCGCUUGCGGGAUAUUACUUCCCCACUGCACACGCGCGGUUCGGCCCCAACCACCAUCCACAGCCAGUAUCCACAACAUGCACAACCACCAUCAACCAGCAACCACAGUCACCAGACAACACCCACUAUCAAUCAGAAUCAAGCAGCUUCUGUGGCCAUCAACCAUUACAUACAUCCACCAAAACCACGACCAACCAGCAUCAAUCCAUCAUCGCCCACGGCCAUCUCUCAGCGGUGGACAGUGCUGCCGCUAACCUGAUGGCCUCCGCAUUGGCAGCAAACGUGCGAGUUUAAAUCACGAGCAGCUGUCCCCGAGGCUUCUCCAGCCUCGUCUGAUGUGGGAUUCGUGCGACACGGGGCCCCGUGCGAGCUGCUGCUCGCCAGGGGCUCAGCGAGCAGCCUCGAGCAGAAACUCACAUUAUUGAUUUAUUAUCCACUCAGAAUUCACUCGAUCCCUCCUUAACUGCACUGUUCACAACCCUCCCAGGACUUUCAUGUGGUAGAGUUGGGGCUCGGGCCACGGGCCAGGACUGGGGUUAGUGGUAUUGUCAAAGGAUAGGGCUCGACGAAGGGAUAUUGGUAGGGUUGUAAGUCGGGGAAGAUGGGGACUAUGAUUAGACUGAGCAUAUG